CAUGGCUUGUAGCCUUCACCUGAAGUCCUGAACCGUGCGUGCUUCAUAAUCCGUUCUAGCUCGAAGUGACACAGCAUAGUCACACUCCACACUUGAGAGAGAUUGUCAAGCUGCAGCUGUGAAUUUGUGGCGAGAGUGAGGAGGAGAAGGGAGGGAGCUGGAGGAGGAGCCGUGUGCGGUGGCUGCUGACCGGCCCAGCACCGACAUGCGUGGAGCGUCACAGUGGCACUCCCACCGCAGCAAGCGCGCCCCGCUCGACGACGCCGCCCACUCCGCCGCCGGCAACAACAAGCUGCCCUGGCCGUCGCCGCGGCGCCCGGCCAACCAUGCCGUCCUCCUUUCUGGCCUCUGCUUCCUCUUCCGCUUCGUCGCCCCUCUCUUACCUGAUCCCUGCAGCUAGUAGGCCGCCGCCGCCUCCCCUCGUCAUGGGGCAGGGGUACAGUGUCGACGGCCUCGCCGGCGUGCCGACAGGUGGCGUCGUCGUAGACGCGACGAGUGCCGCGGCGGUGGCGCCGCCGAGGCCUGGAGCCAGGAACCCGGGCCACCCGCCGCUGCCGCGCCCGCCGCCGCGGCAGUGCCCGCGCUGCCAGUCCGCCAACACCAAGUUCUGCUACUACAACAACUACAGCCGCACGCAACCGCGGUACCUCUGCAAGGCGUGCCGCCGCCACUGGACCGAGGGCGGCACGCUCCGCGACGUGCCCGUCGGCGGCGGACGCAAGAACAGGCGCGGCGGCAGCAAGGCCGGCGCCGCCGCUGCCAAAGCGUCGGCCUCGGCCUCGACCUCGGCCGCGGCCGCGGCCGCGACGCAGGGCGGGAGCGUCGCCGUCGGAGCCGACACAUUCCCGGACCUCCUGCGGCAGCUGAUGCAGUUCCAGCCGACCGCGCCAGCCGGGGGCGGCUACGCCAUCGACCUGAGCGCGUGGCAGCAAAUGGCCGCUGCCACGGCGCCGCCGCAGGGGGCUGGCGAUGUCAGCGCACUCGGAGGAGCGGCGGCGGCGGCGGCGGAGGCCAACUGCGGCGCCUUGCAGUACUGGGCCGGAUGGCAGCCAGAUGACAUGCCCGGUCUGGACGGGCCUUGCUAAGCACGUGUACUAGACUGGUAGACAGUAUUAGUGCUUGUAUCGGCGAGUAUAUGUUCGUGCCUACCUGUACGUAUAUAUGUAUGCGUGUACUGCAAACGUACGUACUAGUAUACGAUCAGCUUGUUGUGCUAGUUUUUGCGCACGUAUUACGUGUUCUUAGCUGAAACCGUGUGCUUCCUAAUGAUACUGCUAUGGUCAAAUUAAUCAUCCUACUGACAGUAAAUUUCAAAAUCGUUUAAGACUA